AUGCCCGGCAGCAAAUUGACAAGACUUUGGGAUGGAGUGCAGAAUCUUCGGAACUUAAUCGCAAUUACGCUCACUGGUUCAACAAACUUGAUUGAACUCCCAGAUUUUUCCAAGGCCACACGUCUUAAAUAUGUUGAUCUCAUGUUCUGUACAAAAUUGCGGAGUGUUCAUCCAUCUAUUUUAUCUCUCCCCAGCCUGCAUAGUUUAUGGCUACGCCGUUGCAAGUCCCUUACCAGCCUUACAAGCGAUACCCCUCUCCAAUCUCUCAGUCGGCUCGAUGUAAGUUAUUGCUCAAGUCUGGAGGAAUUUUCAGUAACCUCAGAAAAUGAAGAGCUCUGUUCACACCUUUCAGGAGCUGCCAUCAGAGGUGCGUUGCGCUCAUCAAGUGGGCAUCGCAGCAAAAUUCGUGACUUAGCUAUAGCCAAUUGCGGAAAUGUGACAAGCGUUCACGAAUUGAUUGAGCUGCGUGACCUUCGAGGUGUUGAUGCUGGAGGCUGUAAUGAGCUAGCGUCACCUCUCCUGUCCAAGUGUGAUAAGAUGGGUGCUUUGGAAAGACUCGGGCUUCCGUAUUGCAAUGAAUUAUCUGAACUUCCUAAUGACAUCAGGUUGCUGUCAUCAUUACGUGACUUAGAUCUCUCACUGACUAAUGUACAGACCUUGCCUUCGAGCAUCAAACAUCUUUCACGCCUGCAACGUCUUGAACUGCAUGGAUGUAAAAGGCUUCGUUGUCUACCAGAGCUCCCUCCCUCUGUCUUUCAAUUGUUUGCAACUGACUGCAUAUCCCUUGAGACCAUACAAUAUUCACCUUUGACAAACGAAGGUGAAGAAGGAAAAGAGAAGGCAUAUGCACGCUUUAUAUUCACAAAUUGCAAGAAGCUGAAUCGACGGGCAAUCGAAGCUGCUGAGGCAAGAGUGCUACUUGCGAUAAAGAAACCCACUUAUGACGAUGCUAUAUUGUUAUAUCCAGGAAAAAUAGUUCCAAAGUGGUUCAAGUUUAAGAGUACUGAAGAGGAUCCCAUGACUGUGAAUCUCAGUUCGAUUCCAAAUUCUGAGGAUGGGGGAUUCCUUUUUUGCGUCGUCUUUUCUAAAUUACCAUUAGAGGGGGGAGGAGAAAUUGAUGCCAAAUGGCUUAUUGAUGGUAAAUAUGCUUGCAGGGCCGCUAAAAGCCCGUUUUACUUGUAUGGGCAGUCCUCAAAGCAUGUUGGUCUUUGGUAUGAUCCUGAUUCACUUGGAGAACUAAAAAGGAAAAUUGAAGAAAGGAAAAGAAAUGGUCAGAGCAACAUGGAGCUUAAAGUUAAAUUCGAAGCUCGUUGGUAUGAUGACAGAACGGCAGAGAUCAAAAGGUGUGGAGUAUGCCCAGCAUCUGCAGUUGAAUAUCAAGAUGGUGACAUUAAACAAAUUCAAUUGCCAUGGCCUCCUCAGCCUAGCUCUAAUGCAAUGGAAGCGGCCUCUCUCUCUCGAAAGCGCAAAUGCACUAUAACUUCAUACGGAUCAAAAGGUGACAUUCGUUCGGAUGAUGACAGAAUGGUAAAGAUCAGAAGCCUGGCUCUAAUGCAAUGGAAGCGGCCUCUCUCUCUCUCGAAAGCGCAAAUACCACAGCUUGCUUCGAUGAAUUUGAAGAAAUGA